CCAAAACAUCAUCCUCCAAUUCACUAUUCUCAUUAACAAAAGCCACUCACUAUCCCCAUCAAAUCACAGUGAGCACAGGCACACACUAUUAUUCCCAAACCUUCUUCACCCGCACCACCUUCUAUCUAUCUCUAUCUCUUUCGCAUUACCCACCAAAUCAUUUCACCAUUUUCACAGAAAACCCUAAUCUUGAAAAUCGUAAAUUAGGGUUUUUUUUUUGAAACAGAAAUAGGAUGUACAGGGAGAAAGGUGGAGGAGGAUCCAAGGGUAAAAUGGACCGAUCUUUAACACCCACAAGUUCAAAAGGAUUGAAUUCAAACGGGAAAGAUGUUAGUAAAGAUCGUUCGUCACCUGGAAGUUCAAAGAUUCCAUCUUUUUCUAGGUCUUCUUAUCCCAAUAAGAAACCCUCAAAAGGAGAGGAAAAUGUAGUAGAGGAAUCUGAAACGGAUAGCGAGGAAUCGGAUGUUAGCGGGUCUGAUGAGGAGGACACAUCGUGGAUAUCAUGGUUUUGCAACCUGCGCGGAAACGAGUUUUUCUGUGAAGUCGAUGAGAAUUACAUCCAAGAUGAUUUUAAUCUCUGUGGUUUGAGCAGCCAAGUUCCCUAUUAUGAGUACGCUCUUGAUUUGAUCCUGGACGUUGAAUCCUCUCAUGGCGAUAUGUUUUCAGAAGAACAAAACGAGAUAUUCGAAUCAGCAGCGGAGAUGCUUUAUGGUCUUAUUCACGUGCGAUAUAUCUUAACAACCAAAGGAUUAGCAGCCAUGCUCGAGAAAUACAAGAACGCAGAAUUUGGUAGAUGCCCAAGAGUUUUAUGCUGCGGUCAACCCUGUCUUCCCGUUGGUCAAUCGGACAUUUCUCGACAAAGCAACGUAAAAAUAUUCUGUCCGAAAUGUGAAGAUAUUUAUACCCCACAAUCCAGGUUUCAAGACAAUCUUGAUGGAGCCUUUUUCGGGUCAACAUUUCCGCACUUGUUCCUGAUGACGUACGGACACCUCAAACCGCAAAAAACAUCACAAGAUUACAUACCUCGAGUCUUCGGCUUCAAGGUCCACAAGCCAUGACAUGACAUGACCUCAAGGCCCGGAUCCAUAAACGUGUGUUUGGGCUGGUUUCUCAAGAUAUGACUUCUGCUCAAAGGCUUGAUGUGAAAUCACAUCACAACCGUAGGAUCCUUCAUAUAUGAUUAUGAUUAAACAUCUAAUUGGAAGAAAAAAAAGAUUGUGUUUUGCUGCUUGUUUUCAUUAUUUUGUAUGAGUACUGAUUUUGUAAGUUAGGAACAUUUAUUUUCUCUAAAAUGCAUUUGUUUCGGUCCGAUAA